AUGGCAGGAAGAGUAGUGUUCGGCGUCCCAGUGACCAAUGAGGCACUAAAAUUGACGGCGAAAUACGCAGACAAGGAGAUAUCGCAGCUCGACAGAGCGACGGAGGCUCUAAACAAGAAAGAUGAAGCUCUACCCUCUAUCGAAGAGAUGGAGAAGUUGAUUCCUGGUCAGGGUCCGACCACAAUCUGCAUGCUUUACAAUGCCACCGGGGCCCCCAUCUAUUUCGUUACAGAUAAGAACUGGCAUGGAUAUCUUAAGAGUCCCAAAUUCCCGGAGAAAAUUGAGAAUGGGCAGUGGGGUGUUUUUAGUCAUUCAUCCGGAGAAAAUUGA